AUGUCGACGGGUCAUUCAGACCAUGCCUAUGACCCCCACAAGACCCCAGUCUCUACUCCGCAGCCCGCUCCGAUGAGCGAGACCGCACAGCCGGGAUCGUCGCCUUUUGGCGGCGCUACGAAACCAAUUGUGUCAAAUAAUACCGCCGCCAUGGACAAACCGAAGAGUGCCGACAACAAGGUUCAAAAGCGUAGCUUGGAUUAUGUGAUUAGGAGUGGAAUUGCUGGAGGGUUGGCGGGGUGUGCAGCCAAGACAGUGGUGGCGCCCCUCGACCGCGUGAAGAUCCUCUUCCAGGCGUCAAAUCCUCAAUUCGCCAAAUACACGGGCAGCUGGACUGGCCUGGCAGCAGCGAUUCGAGAUAUCAAGCGCACUGAAGGUUUCCAGGGCCUGUACAAGGGCCACUCGGUGACCCUCCUCCGAAUUUUCCCAUACGCCGCCAUAAAGUUCCUCGCAUACGAGCAGAUCCGCGCAGUUAUCAUUCCUUCCAGCGAACAUGAGACCCCGUUCCGCCGCUUGGUCUCCGGCAGUUUAGCCGGUGUCACAUCUGUUUGCUUGGUGGACAUAUGGCGGCAAAUUUACCAUGAGCGAGUCCAACCCCCAUCAACCCGCUCUGCUGCGGCGGCGGAGUCUUCUUCCGUUGCUGUUGCCGAAAGCGCUUCAUCGGCCGUUUCAAAAGUUGUCCCGCGCACCGGACUUGCCAAUUUCUACCGCGGCUUCUCCCCGACGAUCCUCGGGAUGCUCCCAUACGCCGGAAUGUCUUUCCUCACCCAUGACACCGUGGGUGAUUUGUUCCGCCACCCAAGUGUGGCGCGCUAUACCCUGAGACGAAGAAAAGAGUCAAAAAACCCCGCGGAUCGACCUAAACGACCACAGCUCAAUACCACGUCGGAGCUUCUGUCCGGUGCUGUCGCCGGUCUAGUUUCGCAGACUUCGUCAUACCCAGUGGAGGUCCUCCGUCGGCGGAUGCAAGUUGGUGGUGCAGUGGGUGAUGGACGCCGACUUGGAAUGGUAGAAACGGCCCGCGCAAUUUGGCUUGAGAGAGGGUUCAGAGGCUUCUGGGUUGGGUUGACUAUCGGAUAUGUCAAGGUCGUUCCCAUGGUUGCAGUGAGUUUCUACGUAUAUGAGCGAGCCAAGGGAUCGCUGGGCAUCAGUUAG